AUGGUUCAAUCUGCUAUUGGAAAACUGGAAAUGAUCAGCAGAGAUUUCCCAACUGUCCUGAAUAUCGCCACACAGUUCGCAAAGAAAGCCAAGAGCAAACGGGCUUCAUUUGAUACCGAUGUUGCAGUAGAAGAAAGCCUACCAUCCGAAGCGACGAAAAGAAUUCCAAAAAGGAAGCUAUAUUUCUGUGAAAAGGAUGACACUAGGACGUUGGAUGCUCAUGAGGACUAUCAAGUGAAUGUGUUCAAUGUCGUAAAAGAUCAAAUUGUAACAAGUACCAAUAGUAGAUUUGAGAACCAGAAGAACUUUACCAAGAUUUUUUCCUGUUUGGACCCUCGCCGAUUCGAUGAAUUCAGAAGACAGAAGCUGCCUCAAAAUGCACUUAGAAAGACUUUGAGGAAAAAUU